AGGAGAGGUUGCAAUACCUGUGCCGUCACGAUGACAAGAGAACCCGUGGCGAUCGACCUCAUUAACCUGGGGGGGAUAGCUGAGCGUGGAGUUGGUGGUCUCAUGAGAAGCAGCUCCAUUGAAUGCGAUGAGCGAGUGAGCCGAGGUCGUCUGGUGAGGCCUGUGCCCAGCAUGCUGAACCAUCCUUCACGCUCGCAGUCCGUUUCCAGGAUGUCGCCCGGCCCUGACGGACUUCGAGAUCGAAAUAUUAAUUAUUUCACCCAACCUGGCCCCUUCCGACCACCGUGGAUGAGCAACCAUGUAGCGGCGGGAAGAGUCCUAACCGAUUGCCGAAGCCAUUGCAACUUCGGCAUGGCUGCUGAAACGUCUGCUGAGAGGAACAUGGUUUCGGAAGAUCAUUUGACAGGCUCUCAGUCACGCGGAGAUCAUUCUGCUCCUGCAAGCCCUUCUCAUCACAUUCGGCUUAGUUCUUCAAGUGGAUACGAGCUGGAUUUUACUCAGCAGCACACUCGGAAGUAUGCAUCCAUAUUCACUAGCCCCGCACACGCUUUAAGAAACAUGCCUGCAAGUACGUCAUCUCUGAGAGAGGAAGCACAGGCUAUGAGUACCCAUCAGUCUAAUCUUACAGCCGCUGAGCCCUCCUCGGUGCCUCGUCAGCACCCUAGUUCCAGCCACAGCGCAGGAUUUGGGUCUCCCGUACCAUUCUACAGCAGAAUGAAGGACAACACUGGGGCCGAAAGUGGGUCUGCCCUGGGUAGUCAAAACCCACCACGCCAGCCAGAAUUACAACACCCGGUCAAAGAUACAAAGAUGGCGGCCGCGCAUGGCCUUGUGAGAUCAGCCACAGUCGGAGAGCUGCCUCGUGUGGCACAGCUUACCAUAUUCUACGCCGGGAUGGUCAAUGUCUAUGACCAUGUGCCGUAUGAGAAGGCUCAAGCGAUCAUGCUUCUAGCCGGUAGAGAGAGCUAUCCCAACUAUGAGAGCCUUCUGGGAGGUUGCAGUGCGACGGAAAGCCCUUGGAUCUGUAGCCCCGGUGCAAUAAACCUGCAGGCGUCCAGGGGGGGAUCUCCUGCUCCAUUAUCUUCUGCUGACCUCCCACCUCCAGGAGUCGUACCCAUGGCCAUCCGACCGACGCCGACGACAACAGCAGUUGAACUUCCUCAAGCAAGAAAAGCAUCUUUGGCCCGAUUCUUGGAGAGGAGAAGAGACAGGGUACGCACUGGACCCUACGUUCCCAGAAAUGAAGAAGCCAGGAGAAUCCGCGAGAAUCCGCCGAGUCCGUCUGUAAGCUCUGCCAGACCACCCACACGUCCUUCCUCUCCAGUACCUGGGCACAACAACACGGCACCACCAAAUGCUGGCGGAGCUACGACAAGCACAAGUCAAGUGAACGCCCCACCGCCAACUCCAUCAAGGGAAAGCAGUUCAGAAGUCUUGGAUCCAUCUCCGGGGAGGCCGCAGGGCGAGAACGGAGAGGGGAUGCAGCCAGCUCCACCAGGAGUAUCAUCUGUAGGCGAGGGUUCUGUUGCAAUGAGCUAAAACCAGAAGCAAGAGGUCGACAUAAUUUUGUCAUAUUUUUUUUUUCUUCUUCUGUCAUUUGACCAUCUUGUGAACUUAGUCCAUAAUCUAUUCCGUAGGUCACUAGAACAUUCGGAUUAUUCUGAUACUAACCCAGCCUUCCAGAGGACCACGUAAAUAGUUGUGAAUAUCUUUUAGCUGAAACUGAACCACUGGUGGGGCUCCCAGAACUUACCCCAGAUCGAUCGAUGGAUGAUCAGCAUUAAACCGUGCACCGGUGGACCUAGAGAGCAAUUCACUGUUGCAAAUUCAGACUUGCCCACAUGAGUGCGUGAGUUCUGCUCUGACAUCUGGAGACCAUUCUACAGAGGUUACAAAUUUUGUAAUUUUUUUUCUUUAAAACACCCAUCUCAAGUCAAAAUUGUAAAGAAAAAAACCGAAAAUAUCAUUUCAAUUUGAACUGA